AAUUGAUUAUGCCUUUUGGGCUUUCCCCUCUUUGCUGCCUUCUACGGUUCUACCUGAUUUUAUUUCCGUCCACCAUUUAAAUUGCUCAAAAUUUCCCUUCUCCAAAUUCUAUCAAUAAGCAACAUCUUCAUCAUGAUCAUAGUAAUUUGAACAAAUUCAAUUAAUCGAAUCCAAUUUAAUCAAAAUAAGCCCUAAACCUAAACCCCAAUUCCUUAAUAAUCAAUUACUCUUUCGUAGUAUUAUUUGAUUCAAUUAAUUGAAAACAAGUAGUACGGAGUAAUAGAAUCGGGGCAAAAGCAACGAAGAAGUAUUCAUUGAUACCUAUUAUAGUUGUUCAUCAUUUUCUCUCUCAUGGUGGUUCAUCGAAAUUGAUUGAAAAUUUCCAUGGCAGAAACAUCCGAACCUUCUUCGUCAGUUGAGGAUAGCAAUCUUCGAUACCCAAAGAUUGAACUCCAUGAUUAUGAACCCCGCGCGUUUCCUCCGCUGGUUCCUAAAGAGGUUGAUAGAUGUGAAAGAAACAACAAUAACGGGGUAGAUGAUGAAGUUGGGGAAGAUGAAAAAAAAGAGAUGGUGCAUUCUGAAUUGAAGCCUUCCUCAAAUCCGGAGAUGAAUAAUGAUGUCCUGCAUAGUACAGUUGCUGGAAGUCAGAAGCAUGGUAAAUUCUUCAUUUAUGAUGCCCCUGUUUCUGAAGAAACUGGGUUUUGGAUUCCUGUCUCUGUCCCUCCUCUUCCGGAAAGUGAACAUGAAAAUUGGGCUUCAAAUCCUUCUUUAAAUGGGGGCUACCUGCCUGAUGCAGAUAUGGAUUGGAAUCAUUUUGUUGGAGAAAAUAAGGAGCUAACAAUGUGGGAUGUGGUUACGGAGAUGGUGAUUAUGGCGGGUGGGAAGGUUAAGGCGAUUGCUUCGGGGGACUUUCAUCAACGGCAACUCGCCUGGUUAUCAGCUAACUUCCUGGAGCAAGCUUGGAAGGAAAUGGCUCAAACUCUUACGGAGGCUACUGUAGUGAAUGUGCAGGAAAUUUUGGAGGCAGAGCCUCCACGUUGGCUUCCUGACAGUUCUGCAUCAGCCUGCAUGCUUUGUAGUGUACGUUUCCAUCCUAUCAUUUGCUCCAGGCAUCACUGUCGCUUUUGUGGGGGAUUGUUCUGCAGCGAAUGCUCAAAGGGGAGGAGUCUAUUGCCUGCAAAGUUCCGUAUUUCAGAUCCACAGCGAGUCUGUGACGUUUGCUGCGUGCGUUUGGAGUCUGUGCAGGGGUAUUUGAUGGACCAAGUUAGUCGUGCUGCACAGUUGCCGACCUAUGAUUUGACUGAUCUCAGUACCUUGAGAUCUUGGCUGAAUUUCCCGUGGAGCCAGUCCAUGGAAUAUGAGAUUUACAAGGCGACAAAUGCACUCAAAAGCUAUAACAAGAUGGGUGCUAGAUCCGCUGAAAAGUGCAUCCCAGACGCUAUUUUGAAGCAAGCAAAAGGCCUUGCCAUUCUUACUGUCGCCAAAGUUGGCACCGUUAUGACUUACAAAGUAGGUACCGGGUUGGUUAUUGCUCGAAGAAAAGAUGGUUCUUGGUCUGCUCCGUCUGCCAUUGCUUCAUUUGGAUUGGGUUGGGGAGUACAGGUAGGAGGACAAUGUACAGAUUUUAUAAUUGUGUUGAGAACUAGUGAAGCGGUUAAGAUGUUUGGAGGAAAUAUGCACAUCUCUUUUGGUGCUGGAAUGAGUGCAGCCGCUGGAGUUGUGGGAAGGUCUGCAGAAGCUGAUAUACGCGCUGGAGACGGAGGUGUAGCAGCUUGUUAUACAUAUAGCUCCAGUAAAGGUGCAUUUGUUGGUUGUUCCUUUGAGAGUAAUAUUGUUACAGCUCGUCAUAAUGAAAAUUCCAGAUUUUAUGGAAAUUCAUCACUGAAGGCGUCUGACAUUUUACUUGGACCAUUGCCAAGACCUCCUGCUGCCGCCAUCCUCUAUGAUGCAUUAUCAGAUUUAUAUCAGAAUCUCUGAAUGAAUCUUGUAUGUAUUGUUCAUGCUUGGAUCUCAACUGUAGAUUCUCUCUGCCUUCUGCUAAUUCUUCUUCUUCUUCAAGUUACGCCAUCUCAUUGAUUUUUUUUUUUACAAAAAAGCACUUGGUGGUGGAUACAUGGUUGUACAGUAACAUUUUCGAAUAUUGAUAUGUUUUUCUUCAAGUUGUUGAAAUCAGAAACUUCUCCGAAAUAACCAGAUUGUAAAUAUUAACAUUAGUCGUUGAAAUCUUGAAAUCUAUUAUUGGGCUACAAUUCUAUUCA